CUGCUAUUUUCAUAAGCUGUGUUGAAUGCUGCGUGUCGUACAGAGCAGUCCUGAAAAUGAUUUCUUAUUGUCCCAUAUGUGGGAAGCCGGUUUACUUUGCUGAGAGGAAGCGUUCCCUAGGCAAAGACUACCACCCCCUUUGCCUGAAGUGCUGCGUGUGCAAACGGCAGCUCAGCCCAGGCCAGCACGCAGAGUAUGAUGACAAACCCUACUGCAACCACUGCUACCUGCAGCACUUUGGACCAAGAGGAACAGGACGUCCAACUUCUCGCUUGUUUCUUGGGGCAACUUCUUCUUCCAAGGUUCCAGUAGGAAGCAAGAACAGAUCCUAGAUGACAAUUCUUUAACGUUCAGACUGUGGAGAAUCAUCACUGGAUCAUGAUGAAAUGACAAGAUGCCAAAAAAGUGACUUUUUCCCUUAGAGUAUGAAAAAGAAUUCUAGUUUCAAGAAUGACUGAUAAUCCAGAAAAACUGUAAAAGAAAAUACUCUUCUAGACUGAAAUAAUUUUUAUUGUGCUGUGUCAAAUGAAUUUUAAUGAGCAACAAUGAAUUUUAAUGGCAUGUAGCCUGGCUUGUUUAAAGAGGACACAUUCAUAACAUAUACUUGAUUUUUUAAUAAUUUACAAAUUGUUGUUUUACUCAUCUGAAUUGACAGUCGUCUCCUGAAAACUGCUGCUUUUCCCAGUGUAUUGGACUCCGAGGUAGAAAGUCUCUCAGAAGGUCUUCUUCCUAUUUCCAGUGCAGAAUUGCUCAUGGAGGUACAGUGAGUUCAAAUACCCCAAACAUUUGGUUACUGCAGAGGAUGUGAGUGAGAUUCUUCAAGUUAAAAUGGUUGUUUCUCUCCUGGUCCAGUGGAUCUCCACAAUUACAUGACUCAGAGAUGAAGGUGUAGACAGCUGACAAAUACAGAAGCAUACACAUGUGUAAAGACAGAUGUCUCUGUAUCUGCCAACUCACAGCUAAAUUCCACUUCCCCUGAUUCUGUACUUGUUUUGAUGAUCAAGAGUCAGAGUUAAUUAGCAUGUGAGUAGAUCCAUUGAAAUCGACACAUCUGGGCCUACAUUUCGUGUUAGGUUCUUCAUUUCUUCUGACCAUCAAGAACACUUUUGAUCUUAUAUUGUACAUUCCUACCCCUGGAUUUUUUUGUAUCACCUUCUCACUUUGCCACAUAUCUCCAGUGUAGUCAGUUAUAAGUAAGAAGGAACUUUCCAUCAUGGUACCUAGAUAUAGAACACUGGAAUGCCAAUCCAUCUGAAUUUAUAUAUAAAAACAGACUAACCAAGCUAACUAAUUAAUGUAGAGAAAAUACUUCCAUAAUAAUGUGGUAUCAUCAUUCUGAAAUUACUCCUUGUAAUACAGAUGAUGGAUUUUAGGAUUUCAUCAUGUACUAUAGCUGAACCAAAUUAUAAAACUCCCAGUUACUAUAUUUCUGCUAUGUCUUUGAAUAAGUAGCUAUAUUAUUUCAGUAUAUGAAGAAGACUUUUCCAUUUCUGAUUUACCUGUACAGCAAGUUUUCAAAGCAUAUUUCACUAUUACUCUCUAAAGAAUCAUUCUCAUCUUUAAUUGAAAUGUUUUUUAUUAUCAGCUCCCAGUACAAUUCCAUCUGCAAACCUUGGAAAAUGUUUUUUCUGUGCCUGAUGUUCUUCUCAAAAUUUAUCUGUCAAUACAGCUAAAAGGUAAAACUGAGUUAUUGAAAACUCUCAUGCAAAUGAAUGGUGAUAUAAGAGAUCUUUGUUUUCUUUUUUUUUCUUUUGCAUGCUUGACUUCAUGUGUUACAGCUGAGGGUAUUUAAUUUAUUUUAUUAAACCCCAGCUGAAUGUGGGAGAUAAGAGGUGUCUUUUCCUCCCCAAAAAAUGAAGCUGUCCUUAAAACAGGGUUCUGGGAUUUAGGAGCUAAGAGUUCCUCGCAUGCCUCUCACAGCCUUACUUUGUAAUCCCAUGACAAGACUAUUCCACUUUUGGUGUCUCAUUUCCCUAUACAUAAAAUAUGGAAUAUACUUCCUGACCUGACAGGGACACUGGCAAGCUCCAAAUCACUGAUUGCAAAUUAUGCAGAUACUAGGCUGAUGGUAGAUAUGGAAAUACAAAAUUGUGUACUCCUUCAGAUCACAGCACUGGCUAGUGCUGACUGAUUAGAAAUGGAAUAAAUUUUUGGUUUUGGCUUUUUUUUUUGACCAAAACCAACAACAGCAAACAAAAAUCUAAUAUAAACCUUGGUGAUAUCACAGGUUCUGGAUUUCCUCAUACCACAGGCUGGACUGUGAAGCCAAGCCAUCUCUUGUAAUGUAUACUUUUUUCCUUUCAGCAGGUAGCUCAAUAAAAAUUUCAAUCUGCUGAAAAAUACAUUUGUAACUACAUAAUUUAUGAAAAACAUACCCUUCAGUUUAUCUCAGAAAUAGAAUGGAAUAAUGAAGACAUUACUUAAAGGUAGCAGCCUUUUCAUUAAGAAAGGAAGGUUUCAUCAUUUAAGCUAAAUUACAGUCUUUCAGUCUGGAACAUUUUCUUCUUCAUUCUCUGUUCUUCAAGGCUGUUCACAACAUCAUAGAAUUUUCUUAACAAUGCAACAACAUUCUCUCUUUUGUUUUCCUGUAUCUGUUGAUAUUUUUACAUGAAAAUUUUAUGCAUAUCAUGAAAAGUGUAUUAUAGUGCUAAAUAAUCCACGUUCUAUUUUACUUGCCACAGCUGCCAAC